AUGCGCACUGCCAUCCAUAGUUGUCUAGGCCUGUUGGCCGCCACGGCCGUGGCUAACCCGCUCGAGCGCCGCCAGUCAACAACGGCAGUCGUGAAUUUCGGAAACAACACCGGGACGCCACAGCACCUCGCCUCGGGCACCCUGUAUGGUCUGCCUGACGUCUUGUCACAGAUUCCCGACCACUUCUUCACCGACAUUGGCUGGAACUAUGAGCGAGCCGGUGGUGCCCAGACAUCCGGCAAGGGCUGGAUCGGGGGCCUAGCCGCAUACAAAUCGCGAUUCGCUAGCGCCCUUGUCAACUACAAGACCACUAUCGCUCAUGGCGGCACCUUCAUCCUGCUCAUCCACGACUUGUGGGGUGCGGAUGGCACUCAGGGCUCGUCGGCAGCAUAUCCUGGUGACAGCGGAGACUGGUCCAGCUGGGACAACUACCUUACUCAGCUCUUCUCGGACAUAGCCGCCAAUGGCAUGACCAACAAGCUGGUCAUCGAUAUCUGGAAUGAGCCUGACUUGUCCGCUUUCUGGGGCCGAACCCAGGAUCAAUACUUGCAGAUGUGGGGACGCACCUACUACAAAUUGCGUGCCCAAUAUGGAACCAACGUCCAGCUCUCCGGGCCCGCCUCGGCCGGUGAGCCCCUGACCUCCAACUCUUGGUGGCAGAAGUGGGCUUCGUUCGUGGCGUCCAACCGUAGCAUUCCCGACCAAUAUGCAUGGCAUAUGGAGGGCGGCGGCGGCGACCUGAUAUCUGCCAACGGCGGGCUCGUCGCUACCCUGAAGCAGCACGGCCUCCCCUCGAAGCCCAUCAACAUCAACGAGUACGCCGUCCUCAACGAGCAAGUCCCCUCCGGUUCCGCGUGGUGGAUCGCCCAGCUCGAGCGCAUCAACGCCCACGGCCUGCGCGGGAACUGGCUCAGCGGCAGCAACCUGCACGACUACCUCGCCUCGCUCCUGGGCAGGUCGGGAAGCACCUACUACCCCAACGGGGACUACCAGGUCUACAAGUACUACAACCAAAACAUGACCGGCCACCGCGUCGGGACCACCCCCUCGGCCGACCUGAAGCUCGACGCCUACGCAACCGUCGGCUCGUCCUCGGCCACCGUCCUCGCCGGGGUGCGCAUCAGCACCGGCACGUGGACGCUGCAGCUCAACGGCCUGUCCGCCCUCGGCCUGCCCGCCUCGGGGACCCUGGACGUCCAGACAUGGGGCUUCCCCGUCGCCUCUGACGUCCACUACGGGCGCGUUGAUGGCCCGACGAACCUGGGCGUCUAUGGUCACGCUUACAGCGGUAAUACCGUCAGCUUCCCGGUGUAUCAGACGGAUGCGAAUACGGCGUAUGCGUUCCAGUUCUCCAUCUGA